AAAAAGGCAAACAAAUUUUCCUCUUCCCAAACGAGCUGCCCCCAUGGCCUGUAACUCGAAUAAAGGAUAAAGCAAAUAGAAGAAAAGCUCGUCUUUAUGGUGGAUUAGGGUCCAUCUCAUCUCUAAAAUGUAUUACCAGUUGGCUAACUCUUCUUACCAGGACUCUCUGAAAGUCUUGGAGGCCGAUAUACACCUUGCCAAUUCACUGUCUGCGUCAAUUCCAAGAGGGAAGGGUGGAAGCCAUCUUCAAAUGAAACUGGUUUACAAUCACUUGGCUCCCCUCUAUCUGAUUUUGCUACAAUGGGUUGAUAGUUCCUGCUCGUGUCUACUCCCCAGAUAUUUAAACUUCUUUCACAUACUUGUCUAUAAGGUAUAUACAGAUGGGAGACCUCGGCUAUCUAACUAUGGAAGGAAGGCAACGAUUAGGGAAUUUUAUGGCAUAAUUUUACCGUCUCUUCAACGGCUCCAUGGUGAGCUGGGGGAUGUUGAUGAAGGGAAUCCUCUUGACAAGAAGAAAAUGAAAGGACAUAGUAGAUUGAGCAAUGUUGACUUGGAGAGAGAGGAUGAAUGUGGCAUUUGCUUGGAGCCUUGCACCAAAAUGGUGUUACCCAAUUGCUGUCACUCAAUGUGCAUCAAAUGCUAUCGCAACUGGAAUACAAAAUCAGAGUCAUGUCCCUUUUGUCGUGGUAGCUUAAAGAGAGUAAAAUCUGAAGACUUAUGGGUGCUUACCUGCAACAAUGACGUGGUUGAUACUGAAACAGUUUCAGAAGAGGAUUUGUUGCGCUUCUACCUCUAUAUUAACAGCCUUCCAAAGGAUUACCCAGAUGCACUUUUCUUAGUAUACUACGAGUACCUAAUCUGAUCAGAAAAAAUUUGAGAAAUGGAGAAUAAUGUACAGAUACAGAACAAGCCCCCCUUCAAAUGUAUAUAGUCUGGUAAGGCUUCUUGUACAUGUUCGGAUAAAAUUGCUCCUACUUCAAUGAAAAUGUAAAGAUAACUUUUCUAUUUAUCAAUGUCAACCACUCAUUUUAUGAGCUUUUAGUUUAGAUUUCAUCCCUGUGGUUCAA